UGUUUUUUUUUUUUUUUUUAUACCAGAAUCGCAUCUAUAUUUCUAGACACUUUUUAUAUACACAUUUACUCUGUAGUUGUAACACUUUAACGAAACACACGCGGAUGUGGAAUGGAUAUAUAAAUCGGCCGAGCAAUCGCCGCAAGAUCUUAUCGAUUGAGCGAGGAAAUAAGGACGAGUGUCUCCAUCGGAAUCAAUUAUCGCGUACGCGAGUGCAUCGUCAGACGUGUCCGUGCCAAUGGAUAAACGCUGCUUUCUAGUGGGAUGAAUGAACGUGACCGGUGGAAUUUCUUCGCACGGAUGUGAGAGAGAGUUAAGACGAGGCACGUGCUUGGUGAAUCGACGAAGAUUUGCGGAUGGCCGCGCGUGCCAAACACGCCUGAAAGAAUCAACCGUUAUGACGUGAUCCAGCAGCAAGAGGACCUUUAGACAGAGAAGUGGCUCACAAGGAUUCCACGGUUAUUUUAAGAGCGUCGGUGCGAGCAAGCAUAGUUUCUGGCUGAAAAGUAGAAACUGACGUGCACGCGUGUCUCCGAUAAUAGUCGAUAAUAAUAACGUUGCGGAACAAAGACUGCGAGGGAAAUCGAACGCGUGACAGGCUUUAAAUUUCCUACUGUUAUCUUUUUCUUUUUGUACGAUCGAGGAAAGCGCAAACGCCGAAUAAAUCAAACGAGAAAGCGGGAACAAAAGAGACGAAGCAUGGAGGGACGACGGAAAAUCGAGAUUGUCCGCGUGCCUUCGAACGAGCGCGGUAACUUCCGGUCCGCGGUGGAUGGUGUCCGCAGUAGUUACAACUAUAUUCGUGUGGGCACGUACUGCCAGGAACCGGAAGUCAAAGUGGUAGUUUGCGACAGUAAACCGCCCAUCGAGCAGAGUCGAAAAUUCAAAAAGCAUUUGGGACCAGUUUCGAAGCUGCUCAGACGUCGUCAUCACACGGCAUAUCUCGCGACAAAAUCCUGUGAUAAUAUUUAUAGCGUGAAUAGAAGUACUAGCUCUUUAGACUGGAGAGUUAAUCAAACGACGAACGAGGUUCAAGGCUUUCAGUCUCGUCAGAGUAGCAGCCUCGAUUGGCGAGUAGGAAGAUCCAUCAACAAACUGCAUUGGAGGGACACGACACGAAGCGCGGAACAGCUUUCGAGAAGUGGAGCAAUCAGUUCUGAUCAUAUUCAAACACCCAGUACAAAGUCGAAAUUGAUCUCGUUGUUACGGAGAUUGUCACCGCGACUCUCCCGACCAGGGAGUAAAAGUUCCUUGCAAGCCUCGCCGACGAUUUGCCCGUGGGUGCAGGUAGAGUACUCGUCGGAGUCGAUCAACGACGGGCUGCGAGAAGACUCGCAGGAAUGCGACGUCAGCUUCCAGAGAGAGCUGCAGCUAAACGAACUGAGGAAACGCAUGGCUGGAAUCCCUACCACUUCUCAGGUUACCACGAAAGUUACCAAGGAUGGCAAGGAACAGCAAAGCUCGACACAGAUCAGGAUACACGUGCAACAACCAGAAAAUGAUUGUACUAACGCAUCGAAAUCGUAAGCUUUAUUUUUUUUUUUUUUUUUUUUUUUUUCUCAUUUCGUUUCUUUCUUUCGUUUCAACCACACCUAGAACAAUUUCUCGCUUUUGCAUCGAACGUCAAAUGUGAUGGAUAUGAUAUAUCUCCAGAAUCCCGUGCGCUUUAAAACAGAGCAAGUAUAUAUACUUCCAGAUCCCUGCAUGCAACCUAAUCAAUUGCACCUAA